UGGUAGUUGCACCAGAUCCCUUUGCUGCCAGUGACAAGUGACAACCCUUCUUCCAAUAGCUCACUCUUCUCACCUACCCCACAUUCCAUUCCACACCCCAUUUCUCUUCUUAUAUUCUCCAUUUCCACCAUCCCUUGCAAAUUUCUCCAUUCCAUCUACCAAUCACAACACAAACCCAUCUUCCUCUUCAACCCAUUAUGGAUUUUUUGCAGAUACCAGAAAAUCAGAUAAUUGUGGGUGUUGCUGUGGCUAUUGUAGCUGUUGGGGUUGGUGCUUACUACCUCUAUUCAUCUAAGAAGCCCAAAGGUAACUUGGACCCAGAUAAUUUCAAGGAGUUUAAACUUGUGAAGAAAGCACAGCUGAGCCAUAAUGUUGCAAAGUUCACAUUUGCACUCCCAACACCUACUUCUGUUUUGGGUCUUCCAAUUGGCCAACACAUAAGUUGCAAGGGUAAGGAUCCUCAAGGGGAUGAGGUUAUCAAACCGUAUACCCCUACAACUUUGGAUUCCGAUGUUGGACACUUCGAGCUAGUUAUCAAGAUGUACCCGCAAGGAAGGAUGUCACAUCAUUUCCGUGAGAUGCGUGUUGGUGACUAUCUUGCUGUUAAAGGACCCAAGGGACGUUUCAAGUACCAACCUAAUGAUGUUAGAGCAUUCGGGAUGCUUGCUGGAGGGUCAGGAAUCACUCCAAUGUUCCAAGUUGCUAGAGCUAUAUUAGAAAACCCAAAUGACAGGACCAAGGUGCAUCUUAUCUAUGCCAAUGUUACAUAUGAGGACAUUCUUUUGAAGGAAGAGCUUGAUGGUCUUGCUACUAACUACCCUGAUAGCUUUAAAAUAUACUAUGUAUUGAAUCAGCCUCCGGAAGUAUGGGAUGGUGGUGUUGGAUUUGUAUCAAAGGAGAUGAUUGAAGCCCAUUUGCCUGCUCCAGCACAUGAUGUUAAGAUAUUGCGAUGCGGCCCGCCACCGAUGAACAAGGCCAUGGCUGCUCACCUGGAAGCCCUCGAAUAUGCUCCUGAGAUGCAGUUCCAGUUCUGAUCGUCUUCAUUUGGGUGCUUAACAUUGAAUUUGAUGGCCUUCUGUUAAACAAAAAUAGCAAUUUUUUCUUUCUGGCUAUGAGUAUGUGAAACCUUGGAUCAACAUUGCAUUUAUUUUAGUAGCUUUGUUCAGAGUUAAAGUCUGAAAUAAUUGCUUCUCAUGUGUUAUUGGGACUGAUACAUUGACCAUGUGCUAGAAGUGCAGAUUAUGAAUUAGACUUGCCAGACUUUUUUUGACUAAAA